AUGGCUCUCUAUUCAGAACCUCCAACUCUUCGCGAAUUCAAAUUCGAUAAACCGACCCUCCUUGUUUGCUGGUGGGCCACAUCAUUCUGUACCCUCAUCAUUCUUCUGCGGCUUGCAGGCCGCUUUAUCCGUACCGAGCGGCUGUUCACUGAAGAUCGUGUUGCGGCCCUAGCUUUGAUCCCUCUGUAUGCUCGCAUGGCAUGCGUUCAUUUUAUUCUUAUAUAUGGAACUAACAAUGCUCAAUUCGAUGGUGUUGAGCUUACUGAUCUUCAAUUACGUCAAAAAGCCAUCGGUAGCGGCCUUGUGCUGGCUAGUCGGAUUUUCUACGCUGCAACCCUUUGGGUACUUAAGUUUGCAGUUCUCGAGUUCCUUCACCGAUUGACUCGAGCGACGUGGGAACGAUCAUGGCAGACGUCUUUAUACGUCAUUCGAAUAAUCCUCGUUGCUACUUUCAUUGCGGUUGUCAUCAGUGAUUUUGUCGAAUGCCGCCCUUACAGUCACUAUUGGCAGGUUGUGCCCGAUCCUGGUGGCCAAUGCCGUCAAGGAUACGUGCAGCUUCUCACGAUGGCAGUCUGCAACGUGGUCACUGACUUAUUGCUCGUCAUUUUCCCAAUUCCGAUCAUUGUGACAAGCGGAAUGACAAUCAAGAGGAAGAUACAGCUUGUGCUUCUCUUCUCCCUCAGUCUAUCUGUUGUUGGGGUCACUCUUUAUCGGGUACCUCAUAUCAUUGAUGAUCACGGUCGUCAGCAGUAUCGAUCGCUUUUGGCGUCGGUUGAGCUUCUUUUUGCCACGGCUGCGGCAAACUCGCUCGUGUUGGGAUCUUUCGUGCGUGAUCGCGGCCUGAAGAAGCAAAAGUUCCGCCGUUCAUCGGUGGCCGAAUCCCUCGAUCCUUCACUCAACCUUCGCCGCCCGACUUUGCACCGACAUUGGGGAAGCGAUGAAGACCUUGUACGGGACGUUGGUAUGACGGUUGACCCAGAGCUUCAGGAUCAGCCUGAUAACUCGAGCGAGAACGGUGCUCUGCAAUACACCCCGGCCCCUCUUCUUCGCAAACUGGAUCAAGACCUCGAGCGCUGGCAAUUUCCUCAGAGACAACGCAGUAAUGCAGAGCACAGCGAUGAUUCCCUGAUACAACACGACCCUCUCUCUCAGUCGAAAAGUGAGAACGGCAUAGCACCAAGGAGAGUUUCUUUUUUCGACGUUGGUGGUUUGCUUGAUGUGCCCCCCGAGAGUUCUGGGAGCCUUCGAGCAAACAGUCGUGCGUCAUCUAAGGAAGACUCUUCACAAUCGCAUUCGCCCCCGGCACCUUCACUACCAGCAGGAUCCGGAGGCUUUCGUCGAGGUUCAACUGCUUUGCUCCAAGACCUCGGUGGUCUCUUUGGACCUAUGAAUUCAAGGUCAAGUCGUUCCAGGUCCAAGGCUCGAGGAACGGAAUUGCAGCCGAUACCGCAAUCCCGACAGGAGUCACGGCACGAUUUGCAAGGUCCGCCCGUGGCGGAGCUAAGGGACCCAGGUGGCCUUCUAAACUAG